AUGUCAACUCAAAAUCUCAACGUCCUUGUAACCACCUUUGGUGGUCUAGGACUUCCAUCUACGCUGGUGGUCACGGUUCCACAUUCUACAACAAUUACAGAACUGCGCGAGGAAAUCAAUGAGCGCCUCCCGACGACUGACUCCAGACUCAUUCUCACUACCAUCUCAAAUAGACAACUACCACAAGUCUCACAGGCGCCCGUCUCUACAUAUCUUUCCAGCAGUCCGGAUGAAUUUCUCUCUUUGCGACUUGCAGUUCCUUUGUGCGGUGGUAAAGGCGGUUUCGGCUCGCAGUUACGUGCUGCUGGUGGGCGCAUGUCGUCCCGAAAGAAGAAAAAUCAAGAAGAUCACGGAUCCAGCCGCAAUCUUGACGGCCGCAGACUUCGUACAGUAAACGAAGCAAAGGCUCUCGCAGAAUAUCUCUCCAUCAAACCGGAUAUGGAUCGCAAAGAAAGAGAAAAGCGAAAGGAGCGCUGGGAACAAAUCGUCCAGAUGUCAGAGGAGAAACAACAUCAAAUCAGGAACGGCGGCCAAGGCAGACUAGAGGGCAAAUGGGUUGAAGACAAGGAGGAGAGCAGUGAGAGGACACGCGAUGCAGUUGUGGCCGCGAUAAAGAGCGGAAGCUACAGCGACAACCUUCUAGGCACCUCGCAUGGCUCGACUUCAAGUGAGCAACCGGAAGCGCCAUCAAACUCUGAGGACGACGCAAAUUCAAACUUAAAAGAGUCGUAUUCAUCUUCAUCUGAUGAGCGAGAUGAACCAGCCACGACGCAGGCUCGAACCUUCUAUGGCUUUGACGAGGACGAUGAAUUCAUGAGCUCAUCCGACGAGGAGGCUGACAACAAGGAAUAA